AACAGUUAGUAUUAGCAUUAUUAUUAUUAGCCGACAGCAGUCGCAGCUCAAUGGUGCGCUCUCCGUGUGUUUAUGAAAUCAUCUGGCGUUUGUAAGUAGCUCAGUGAUGGAGGUGAACCGGGAUGAAGCGGAGCGAUGCAUCGAGAUCGCGAUCGGAGCGCUGGAGGACGCGCAGCCGGAGAAAGCUCGCAGGUUUCUGGAGAAAGCGCAGCGGCUUUUCCCGACGCGCAGAGCCCAGGAGCUGCUGGCGUGGUCUCAGAGCAGCGCUGCAGGAGCCGCUGAUGGCACAGAAGCUCGUCAGCGCAGGUCUGGGGUCAGCAGUAACGGCGCGGCACCUGUCGACUCCAGCAAACCCUACACACCUGAGCAGGCCGAGGCCGUCAGACGAAUAAAGCAGUGCAAGAACUAUUAUGAGAUUCUCGGCGUGCAGAAAGAUGCUUCUGAAGACGAUCUUAAGAAAGCCUACAGAAAGCUGGCGUUAAAGUUUCACCCUGAUAAGAACCACGCUCCGGGAGCCACGGAGGCGUUUAAAGCUAUAGGAAACGCAUAUGCAGUUCUGUCUAAUGUGGAAAAGAGACGUCAGUACGAUCAGUUGGGCUCGGGCCGAUCCAGCCAGACCAACGACACACACUUCCAGGCCGAUAUUUCACCUGAAGAUCUCUUCAACAUGUUCUUCGGAGGAGGAUUCCCUUCUAGUAAUGUUCACAUGUACAGUAACGGACGGAUGCGCUUUAAUCAGAAUCACGGCGAGGGAGGAGAACACAGAGGGGGAGGUCAGGGAGGUCUUGCUCUUCUCAUGCAGUUGAUGCCCAUCCUCAUCCUCGUCAUCGUAUCAGCGCUCAGUCAGAUGAUGGUGACCAACCCACCCUACAGCCUCAGCUUCAGACCGUCAGCGGGUCACACACACAAGCGCGUGACGGAGAAUCUGGGCGUGACGUAUUACGUGAACGAGCGUUUCUCUCAGGACUUCAGCAGCGCGAGUCUGAAACGUGUGGAGAGCAGCGUGGAGGACGACUACAUCUCCAACCUCAGGAACAACUGCUGGAAAGAGAAACAACAGAAGGAGGGUCUGCUGUACCGUGCGCGGUAUUUCGGGGACAGUGAUCUGUACCAGCGGGCUCAGCGGAUGGGAACCCCGAGCUGCUCUCGGCUGUCUGAGGUUCAGGCAUCUUUACACGGAUAGAUGAAGAUCUGGUGAGCGCCGCAUCUGUCCUCUGAGUCCUGUUUCACUCACAUUCACGCAUCUGAAGAUGCUUUAAUCCAAAGCCACUUUGCUUUCAGUUCAUGCAUUCCCUGGGAAUCAAACCUAGAACACUAACAUAAUCAGUGACGAUUUCUCAUUCUCUGGACGUUCAGAUAGUUUGUGGUGUCUCAGUAUAAUGUUCAGAGUCCAGUUUGACGUCCUGUAGAGUAAAAAGCCCUUUUAGAUCAUUAUAAAAAAGUGGUUUGUUUAUCUGAGCAGCCUGACACAACAACAACACCAACCAUUUUUUUCAACCAAUGCCAACCUGUGUGUGUGAAAACUGUUUA